UUUCAAAGACACAGAUGGAAACACACCACUGAUGAUUUCUCUACAGAACGGUUUCAAUCACAUAGUCGAGUUUCUCUUCACAAACAAGGCAGACGUCAAUGCCAUUAAUUCUGUGGGCGAUUCAGCUUUGAUUCUCUCCAUUGGCUUUACGCCUCUGAUGAUUGUUUUAAAAAAUAGGGACACUAGCGAUAAUUCUGUGAGAGAAAUUGUUCAAGUCCUGCUAGAAAAUGGUGCUUCUGUAAAUGAUACAAGUAAACAUGGAGAAACUCCACUUAUGUUUGCCGCUAAGAAAGAAAACAAUAUGAAAAUUGUUCAAAUCCUGCUAGAAAAUGGUACUUCUGUAAAUGAUACAAAUGAGUAUGGGGAAACUCCACUUAUGCUGGCAGCUAAAAAAGAAGAAAGUAUGAGUGUGCUGCAGCUUCUCUUGGAUCAUGGAGCUAAACUUGAUGAUAUGGAUAAAAAAGGUAAUACACAUUCCCUGCUACACGUCGCCUUAAGCAAUGGUCACAUAGAGUGUGCCAAACUCCUCGUCCAACAUGGAGCAAACAUUGACUGUAAUCAUGCCCUUGAGUUAGCA